AUGGCUAAAGCCACGACUGUGAGGGACGCUCUGAAUAAAUGGGAGGAAAGGAGUGGGGAGAAGGCCAGCGAAGCCAUUGAGGUGGAGCUGUACGGUCAGAUUCCUCCAGUGGAGAAGAUGGAUCCCUCUCUGUCCACGCUCUCCAACUGCGAGAAGCUGUCUCUGUCCACCAACUGCAUCGAGAAAAUAACCAAUCUGAACGGCCUCAAGAAAUUGAAGAUACUGUCACUGGGCAGAAAUAAUAUAAAGACUUUUGCUGGGCUGGAGGCGGUGGGAGACACACUGGAGGAGUUGUGGAUUUCCUAUAAUUUGAUAGAGAAACUGAAGGGAGUGAACUGCUUGAAGAAACUGAAAGUCCUUUACAUGUCCAACAACCAGGUCAAAGACUGGGGAGAGUUUGUGAGGCUGGCUGACCUGCCGUGCCUCGCGGACCUGGUUUUUGUGGGUAAUCCUCUCCAGGAAAAACACUCUGCCGAGGGAAACUGGAUGGACGAAGCCUGUAAAAGACUUCCUAACCUUAAGAAGCUGGACGGAACUCCAGUCAUCAAAAUGGACGACGCAGAUGAAAAUUAG